AUGGCAACAGCCGCCCUCCAUCCGGAGGUCGUGCCAGGCACAGUUCACCUCGUUGAUCUUCGUGAUGCACCGGCCGGGGGAGCUGGAACAGUCGAGCUUGUUCCAAAGCCAAGCGACAAUCCGGAAGACCCUCUCAAUUGGAGCCGAGCUCGCAAGUACAAGGCCGUGGCGAUGGUGCUUGUCUACACGCUCGGUGUCGGUAUUCCCACAACACUACAGUACUCUGUUCUGUCCGAUAUCACCGCAGAUACAGGCAUUUCCACCGCAGCGCUCGUUCAGGGAACUGGUGUGAUGUUCCUAUUCCUCGGAUGGGGUUGUCUGUUAACACAACCCAUUGCGAUGACUUACGGUCGUCGUGGCAUGUAUCUGGCGUCUGUUCUGGCAACAGUUCCUCUGAUGGUUUGGACCGCAUACUCCCGAUCCGCCGGAGAGUGGUAUGCACAUCGCAUUCUCCUCGGUCUAUUUGCGUCGCCAAUUGAAGCCCUACCCGAAGUCAGUAUCCCUGACAUCUUUUUCGCUCACGAGAGAGGGUCUUGGAUGAGCUUGUACGUCUUCACGUUAUUCGGAUCCAACUUCCUGGCCCCGAUCUUAGCUGGCUUCUUUGCUGAGGCAUAUGGCUGGCGCUGGACAAUGCACUUUGGCGCCAUUAUUGCCGCUGCAGCCUUUGUCAUAUUAUUCUUUUUCAUGGAGGAGACUAUGUACUUCCGUCAAACGCUCGAAGGACUGGAGAACCUGGAUGACACAGAAAACAAAGCGACAGACAAAAAUAAUGGAGAGGAGACGGUUGUCUCGUCAACUAGCCAGACCUCUGAGAAGUAUGACCAUAAGAACUACGGAGAGAAACUCAAGCCGUUCACCAGGAUGGAAGGACGCCCUCCUAAGAAGCAGAUGUUCUUGUCCAUGAUUCUGCCUUUGUCUAUCAUUGUUCAGUUUCCCAAUAUUGCCUGGGCCGGAUUCAUUUAUGGCAUUAACCUAUCCUGGUACAACGUUCUGAACGCUACUACGAGCCCUAUCCUUAGCACUUCGCCAUACAACUGGUCCACGAGCGGAGUCGGCCUUAUCUACAUCGGACCCAUCAUAGGUGCAGCUUUCGGCAGUCUAUGGUCUGGUGUGAUCGCUGACCGCUUGACCUUGAUGCUAGCUCGACGAAACAAAGGUGUACGUGAGCCGGAACAGAGACUCUGGCCUCUUGCACUAUCUGCCGUCCUGUCUUGCGUUGGUCUUAUUGUCUGGGGCGUUGGCGCUCAACAUGAUGUACACUGGGCUGGUUUAGCCAUCGGACUAGGCAUUCUGACGUUUAGUUGUGUCACUGGCGGUUCCAUUGCCCUUUCAUACAAUGUCGACUGCUUCAAGGACAUUAGCGGCGAAUCAACGACUGCUGUUAUUAUUAUCCGCAAUACUCUAGGAUUUGCAAUCUCCUACGGCAUUACGCCUUGGUACACUAAUAUGGGUCUUCAAAACUGCUUUAUUACGGCUGGAUUCCUGUCUCUUGGAUGCACUAGCUCCUUUUUGUUGAUGAUCUGGAAGGGGAAGUCUCUUCGUCGACAUUCCGCUCAAAGAUAUUGGCAAUAUGCUGGAAAGACUUUCAACACUGUCGAAUGA